GCAGAAGUGUUCGCAGCCCCAGCAGACCCCUGCGGAAGGAGUACGGAGGUAAUGUUAAGGAUUUUGGGCUCAGUAACAAUGUAAGAAACUAAAAACUUUUGUUAAACAAAUCACAACUGGACUAGAGUGGAUGUUUCACUUCGUUUCACUGUUAACUUUUUUUGUUUUGGACGAGGUGAAUCAUCAGAUAUAUCAUGGCAAAUAAUUCCAGUGAGCGCCUCUCCUUGGAGCGCAGGAUACGCACGGCCGUUUUGGCGCUCCUGCUUUGCGCACAGGCCGGAUUUGGCCUCUCAGUCGCCGGACAGCAGGAGAGCACCUGCGAGGCCAACGGCAGCAUAUACUACGUCGGGGAAUGGUAUUUUCUGGACUCUGAUCACUGCACCCAGUGUGAGUGUACCGCUGAGGGAUCCGCGUGUGCCCGCACUGAGUGCACCUCUCUCCCGGCUGCAUGCAUCCAUGUCAGCCACUACCCCACCGACUGUUGUCCCAGGUGCGAGAAGAUCGGGUGUGAGUACCGGGGAGUGGUGUACGAGCUGGGGCAGAACUUCCAGCCUUCAGAAUGUGAGCAGUGCACUUGUGACAGUGAUGGCAUCGCCCGCUGUCUAGUUGCAGAUUGUGCCCCUCCACCAUGUGUCAACCCUGUCUACGAGCCGGGAAAAUGCUGCCCUGAAUGCAAGGAGGGUCCCAACUGCUACGUUGAUGCCUCACGCAGUCAGGUGAUUCCUGCAGGAGAGCCCAUCUGGGUCGACUCCUGCACCAAGUGUCGCUGUCACGAUGGCCAGGAUGCUGGCUACUGGGAGGGAAACCGUCUCGCCACCUGUUCCCGCCUCAAAAACUGUACUCCUGAACAACCGUCCACCCAGCAAAACUGACUCACCCUGUCAGCAGAGCACCAGCUGUCUUCAUUGCUUGAUGGCUGAUCAUCUGUACACCUUCUACAUCUAAGAACAUGCUGAACCCUUCUCUGCAGCUGAAAAUGUCAGCUUAAAUGCCAAACUUACCGGAUCAUCUGCAACUACAAAAAUGUCUAGGAAUAGCAGCCAAAGACUUUAAGCUGAGCUGCCAUUCCACAAGGAUAAUCCAUCCAACAUUUUUAUAACAUUGAUAAGACCCACUGAAAUUAUCACUUUUGGUAGGCAAUGCUGGACCAUCAUCUUGCCUUAUCUGUUCUGUAUAUCACAAACAUUUCAUUACCACAAACUAAGCGACACACAGAAACCUUGGGGCCAUCAGAGAAAUACUGGUUGGUACAUGCACAGAGGGUGGUUGGUGGAAGAUCAAUAGGGGCCCAGCAGCAAAUUAUUUCACUCCAUGGCCCUAUAACAGGUUCAUCCCGCCAUGACAAGCUUAUGUAAAGAAAAACAGAUAAGACUUCCUCUUGCUAGCCAAGAAGGUGUAUUGUUUCUUGAAAACCAAAGUAAAUGCAAUGCUAUCUUCUCGUUUAAAGACAUGGUGCAGUGUUGUGAAAAUAAUGUUUGUUUUGAUGAAAUUUCAAACACCAGCAACCCCUUUUGCUUCUGUAACUGCAUCUGUAAAAUCCAUAAUUAAACAAAUCUGAUAGGAACUAGAAAUCAAAGUUUAUCCUUAAUAGGCGAUCCUGCUCUAGGUAUUUUCCUUUUUAUAUUUCAUCUGCCCAUAGACAGUUACUUUAAAAAGGUUGAAUAGUUAGCAGAUCAGCAUGAUUUUAGAGAGUAGUGGGCAUUUAUACACCUUAAAAACCCAGAAGAUAUAUUUUUUUUCCAGACAUCUGCUUUGGGAGACAACAAGCCAUAUAACAAAGCCAAUGAGAUUAUUGGAUGAUAAGAAACUGUAAUUGACCUGUCACGGGUUGAUGCAGUACCAAAAUAUAUGCACAGCUGUGAUGCAAUUUAGCCUAGGAAAUGGCUUGCCAAAGCAAUAAACAAUUUGUAACUGUUCUAUAAAUUUUGAAGUUCAAUUUCCAUGCUAAUUGAAAUAUAAUGAAUAAGACUGUGGUCUAACAUAUGACUGUACAGUAGUUCUAGACACGGGCAAAUUUGAAAACAGGGUUUCAUUUAAUGGACUGUCAUUUGUGCAUGUACACUGUAGAGCUGAAAAAAAACAAUAUGUAAUUUACUGCUUUAUUAUUUUUUUCACAAGAAAUUAUGUGUAUUGUUUCAUAGAAACACCUUUCCCUGUUAUUUCCACUGCCAAAGUAUAAAAUUAUCAUUUACUGUG